AUACAAAAAAACUUAACAAAGACAAACACAGAUCAGAUCUCGCCCAGGGUCUUUGCUCCUCCAAGCCUUCCAAGCCGAAGAAGAAGAAGAAGAAGAAGGAAGACAAAGACGACGAAGCAUUUCUCCGCAAAAGCAAAAGUCAAAUCGGAGGCAAUGUUGGCGCCAAGGUUUUCAUUCUUCGGAGGCGGCAACCGUGCGGAAGAUUCCUCGAAGACUGAGCUCCGACCGACUCUGAAGCUCCAGACGGACAAGGACGUGUACCGGCCCGGUGAUCUGGUCGUCGUCACCGUCGAGAUCUCCAACCCCCGAGCCAGCGACGACGAGCUCGCCUGCUCGCUCCUGCUCGAGCGCCUUGGUUUCGAGAUCAAAGGCGUCGAGAAGCUUGACUCGCAGUGGUUCGCCACUCCCAAGCCCUAUCCUGGAUCCAAGCAAAGACGAGGUGAACAUGUGUUUAUGGACUGCGCGGUACCGUCGAUGGUUUCGAAUCAGAUUGUUCCCUCUGGGGCCACUAAAUCAUAUGUGGUGCGAACUGUGCUGCCAGACAUUAUACCACCAUCGUAUAAGGGUGCUACCAUUCGCUACUUUUACUAUGUUAAAACUACAUUUUUUGGACAAUGGCUGGUACUGGAAAAUGGCCACUCUCAUAGAGAGUCAGUAAAAGAUCGUACUGAGCUGGAAGCUCGUAUCCCAUUACAAGUAUGGGUUGCUCAAAAAACCAGUGGGUUGCUAAUGGAAGACGGUCAAAGUGAUGGGAUUGUUCCUUCUACAACCAUCCAACUGGAUAUAUUUUGGAAAGAGAUGGAUGGAGACUCUGAUUGGGUUAGAGCUAAUGACAUAUAUGACGGCAUUGAGGAAGGCUAUGAAAGCUCGAAGGAUGAGAUCUCAUCUGUUUCUUCAUACAAUCCCAUGAAAGAACAUGUACAGAGAACCUUUGGAAGUUCACUGUCCUUGCAAUCAUCUGCAGCAAGGUCUUCAACUAAGGAUCUUCCAUAUGUUGAGGCAGAACGUACAAGCUUAUCUUCAAAUGUUCCACUUCCUCAGCUGUCCGUGGCUGAGGUCUUAUAUGAUUCUAGUGCUGUUUUGCAAACAGAUGUUUUAUCAACACAGAAGCCGGCUGCCGUUGUCUCUCCAAGCCAUCAGCGGAAGCUUAUGAGGCCCCUUUCUGCAGAUGAUGAAACAGGAGUAUCCUCUUCAUCAGGAUCGGAAGCUGCUGAACCCAUAGCAUCAGAAGGCUUUGUUCGAGGAAGGUCUUACAAUAUCAGGCUGGAUGAUCAAGUUCUGCUUAGAUUUUCUCCAAAAAACUCUGACUCAACUUAUUACUUCAGCGAUAUGAUUGGUGGAACUCUUACUUUCUUUCAUGAAGAAGGAGCUAGGAGAUGCCUUGAGGUUUCAAUAACAUUGGAGACUUCAGAGACUGUAAGUCGGCGAUUCGUCCAUCCUUCUCGGAGGAAUUCCCCUACACUUACGAAGGUUCAAAGCGAUCAUUAUGAGGUUGUUGCGGAUUUGGUCCAAACAAGCUUUCUGUUCUCCAUUCCCAUGGAUGGGCCCAUGUCCUUUUCCACUCCCCAUGUAUCCGUGCAAUGGUCGCUUCGUUUUGAAUUUUUUACCACUCCAAAGAAUGUAGAUUGGACCAGAUACGAGCACCCACUUCUGAUAGAGGGAAGAGACAAAAGCGAGUGGGUUCUUCCAAUUACUGUGCAUGCACCUCCUGGGACUUCUGGUGCUCAUACCCGCAGUGAGAAGCCUUUCUCUUUGGAACCCUUGUGGGUGCAUAAUUGAAAGGUAGACCUAAUCAGCUGAAAUACAAGUUUAAUAUCCAGAUUAGCAUCCAUGAGGCGCAGAAGCUAUUUUGUUUCUUCAGAGAAAUGUCCAGUCAAAUGCAUGAUUGGCAAGUUGAAGCACAUAGAAAGAAAUGUUGGCUCCUAGUGCAGUUUAUUUUCAGAAUCCCUGGUAUUGCCUACUUGUUGUGCCUUACUGCUUUAUGUUCUUAAUUUUUUCCAUUCAAAAUCACAUUCAGCUGAAAUCGUCACGUCGAUAUACAUUAUAUGAGGGCUAGAGAGUGCCUUAAGGUGUUCCACACAUGUACAUAAAAGAUCUCUGAUUGUUUUACUAGCCUACUCGCUGCACGCCUACCAGGAGAAAAGCUUUAGAAAGAACAGAAAAAGUGAAGAGGGUUGGAUAGUGCCUGUAUGGAUAGAAUGUGUCAAACCACCUUUUGUCUUCUCUCCCUUUCACUCUCUUGGUGUGCUUUGCUCGUCGUUGCUAAUGGCGUAUACUUGUUCUCGAGCAAUUAGGGAAGUGGGACCAUUAGACUAAUGGGGUGGACAACGUAUACAGUAACUGGAACAGCUUCCCUUCAGAUAUUUAUUUAUUUGUUUCACGUAUUUUGCUUUCUUUAAUUUUCAGUAGAGUGAGACUUGGUUGUAUAUACAUUAUAUCGUUGAUGAUUCUUUACAUACGUAUAAAAUCAUUGAAAUUUCACUC